AUGGCCCGGAGCCGGCUGUCAUCCAGCUGGACCCUGCUGGUCACCCUAGCAAUACUACUUGGAUGCUUCAUCGUACCAGGAGUAACUGUGAAGCAUGAAAACUUUAAGAAAUGCUCUCAAUCAGGUUUCUGCAAGCGCAACAGAGCACUUGCGGACGAAGUCGCCGCCAAAGGCUCAUCCUGGAGCUCCCCGUACGAACUCGAUCCCUCAAACAUUCAAUUCAAAGACGGCUACUUAAGAGGAACAAUUUUAAAGACCAUCUCACCUACUGAGAAGGUGAGGCUGCCUCUGCUUAUCUCUUUCCUCGAAUCCGGAGUCGCACGAGUCACCGUCGAUGAAGAAAAGCGUAUGACCGGCGAUAUUGAGAUCCGUCACGGGAGCCAGGCACGUAAAGAACGAUACAAUGAUGCUCAGUCGUGGGUCUUAGUUGGUGGCUUAGAUUCUAGCAAGUCGGCGAUCUUGAGCCCGGAGUCUGAGGAUGGUUAUACCAAAGUUCUGUACGGGCCUAAUAACGCCUACCAGGCUGUUAUCCGGCAUUCCCCUUUCUCUGUUGACUUCCAACGGGAUGGGCAGACACAUGUCCAAUUCAACAACAAAGGAUACAUGAACAUGGAGCACUGGAGGCCGAGAGUUGAUGCCCCAUCCGAAUCCGAACAAGAUGUGCUCGGCUCUCAGGAAGAUGAGAGCACCUGGUGGGAAGAGACCUUUGGUGGAAACACAGAUUCGAAGCCCAGGGGUCCCGAAAGUGUGGGGUUGGACAUUAGCUUCCCAGGCUACACUCAUGUGUUCGGUAUCCCCGAGCAUGCAGACUCUCUGUCCCUGAGGGAGACGCGUGGAGGCCCGGGUAACCACGAAGAACCCUAUCGCCUGUAUAACUCUGAUGUGUUCGAAUACGAGCUUAACAGUCCUAUGACUCUAUACGGUGCAAUUCCGUUAAUGCAAGCCCACCGUAAGGACUCCACUGUUGGUGUCUUCUGGCUCAACGCUGCCGAAACCUGGAUUGACAUUGUGAAAUCAAAAACCGACACGCACAGCCAUUGGUUUUCCGAAGCUGGACAGCUCGACGUAUUUGUCUUUCUAGGGCCUACCCCUGGCGAGAUAAGCAAGAAGUAUGGCGAGUUGACUGGUUACACUCAACUACCCCAGCAGUUUGCUAUUGCUUAUCACCAAUGCCGCUGGAACUAUGUCACUGAUGAAGAUGUGAAGGAAGUCGACCGCAAUUUUGACAAGUACCAAAUCCCCUAUGAUAUCAUUUGGCUCGAUAUCGAGUAUCUCGACGACCGAAAGUACUUCACUUGGGAUCCUCUAACCUUCCCUGAUCCCAUCAGUAUGGAGAAACAGCUUGACGAGUCGGAGCGCAAGCUUGUAGUGAUCAUUGAUCCACAUAUCAAGAAGCAAGACAAGUUCGAAAUAUCCAAAGAGCUGAACAGCAAAGGUUUAGCUACCCUGAACAAGGACGGUAAUGUCUACGAAGGAUGGUGCUGGCCAGGGGCUUCCAACUGGAUCGAUUGCUUCAACCCUGCAGCUAUCAAAUGGUGGGUCGGCCUCUUCAAGUAUGAUAGGUUCAAGGGAACCCUUCCUAAUGUGUUCAUCUGGAACGAUAUGAACGAGCCCUCUGUGUUCAAUGGUCCAGAAACCACGAUGCCGAAGGACAACUUGCACCACGGUAAUUGGGAGCACCGUGAUGUUCACAAUGUCAAUGGUAUAACCUUUGUCAACGCCACAUACCAGGCUAUGCUGGAGCGCAAGAAAGGCGAAAUCCGACGGCCUUUCAUCUUGACCCGAUCGUUCUACGCGGGCGCCCAGCGCAUGUCCGCUAUGUGGACCGGAGAUAACCAAGCCACCUGGGAGCACUUAGCAAUCUCCCUACCGAUGGUUCUCAAUAAUGGAAUCUCCGGAUUCCCGUUCGCUGGUGCCGACGUUGGCGGAUUCUUUCACAACCCAAGCAAGGAGCUUCUGACUCGGUGGUAUCAGACCGGCAUCUGGUAUCCGUUUUUCCGCGCUCAUGCCCACAUUGACACUCGCCGUCGUGAGCCGUACCUGAUCCAGGAGCCAUUCCGGUCGAUCAUUACGCAGGCUAUCCGGCUGCGCUACCAGCUUCUUCCCGCCUGGUACACUGCUUUCCAUGAAGCUUCGGUUAACGGAACACCGAUCGUGAGACCGCAAUUUUACGUUCAUCCAACAGAUGAGGCGGGUUUCACCAUUGACGACCAAAUCUACCUCGGCUCCACCGGUAUUCUCGCAAAGCCAGUGGUCACUGAGGGCGCCACGAGUGUGGACAUAUACAUCGCGGACGACGAGAAGUACUACGACUACUUCGAUUACACUGUGUACCAGGGAGCUGGAAAGAGACAUUCAGUUCCGGCGCCUAUGGAAAAGGUACCUGUGCUAAUGCAAGGAGGUCAUAUUAUUCCACGCAAAGACCGACCACGUCGUAGCAGCGGACUCAUGAAGUACGAUCCUUAUACGCUCGUGGUGGUUCUCGACAAGAACGGACAGGCGGAAGGCACAUUGUACGUUGACGAUGGUGAGACCUUUGACUACCAGCGUGGGGGACACAUUCACCGCCGCUUCCACUUCCAAGACUCCUCACUCGUUUCGGAGGAUAUCGCAACUCACGGGCCUCAGACGGCUGCGUACCUCAAGACCAUGGCCAGCGUCAGUGUUGAGAGGAUUGUGGUGAUUGACCCUCCCAAGGAAUUGCAGGAUAGGAGCACGGUCACUGUGAUUGAAGAUGGAGCAAAGACAUCCUCUUCAGCACAACUGGAGUAUCAUGCUCAGGAAGGCGGCAAAGCUCCGUAUGCGGUAGUGAAGAACCCCAGAGUGGGUAUUAGCAAGACCUGGCGGAUCGAAUUUUAAGCUCCAGCACUUGGCUCAGCACUUGGCUAGAUAGAGCACUAGAUGGAAAUAUGCAUUUUACAUACAACCUU